GUGUCGUGCAGCGUGUGGGACCCUGCAGCAGGACACGCCUCUGGGCUGAAUGGAGCGUGCGCUACAGUCCGACCUACAGAGGAGACAAACAGUUGUUUAGAAGGAAAAAAACUAAUUUCACGGUUUGCAAUAAGUACCCUAUCGACAUUAUAGGUUCCUUGUUAAUCGAGUAAAUGCAGCGAUGACGCGAGAGGAAGAUCUCAUCCGGAUUGCAAAAAAACUGGACAAGAUGGUGACUCGGAAUAACACGGAGGGUGCCAUGGACCUGCUGAAGGAACUCAAAAGUUUCAAUAUGACACUCAAACUUCUCCAGGAAACGAGGAUCGGCAUGUCAGUGAACGGAAUCAGGAAGCACUGCACAGAUGAGGAAGUCAUUGCCUUGGCAAAGGUCCUCAUUAAAGACUGGAAAAGACAUCUGGAUACUGAGAAAGCAUCCCUCACGAAGAACGGUUUGGACUCCAGCAACACGGCCGGGUCUCCAAGCAGCCCCCCCUCUGACACACAGAGCAGUCACAGAAGACUGGGUAACAAAUCCAAACACGACUCAGAUCCUGACAAAAAACACUCUGAUAAAAACAGAACAGAAAAACACAAUGAUGAACACAGAAACAAAAAGAGACACCAAGAAGAGCCCAGCGAUGAAAAACACCUGGAGGAGCCCCAAUAUGAGAAACAUCCCCAAAAAAUCAGAAAAGAUAAGCAUUUAGAAGAACCCGAAAAGCAAGGACAUGCAGGGGAUGGCCCACUGGAAGCAGAUUACUACAAACAGAAAAAUAUGCAAGACCUGCAGGGUGAGAAAAAGCAUCCAGAACCAAGGAAAGAAAGACCUUUAGGAGAACACCUGGAAGAGUUCAAAAAGGAAAGAAACCCAGAGGAGCCGAAGAAGCACAGCUACACAGAUGACAUGAAGAAGGGCAAAUAUAAGGAGAGUAACAGACACGAGAUGCCGCCGAUCGAACCCCAGAGAAAGAAACCAAUAUUUUCCAAACCACUAUUCGAAAGGAGAGGAGUGAUGGACUGCACUGUUCUUUAUCCCACCCGGGACCCCUCGCCCCCUCGCCCUGCCCGGGCCCCACUCCCUGCCCGGCCCCCUCUCCCAGUUAGACGCCCCUCAGUGGACCUGAAAAAAGACAGGAAGGACGGUAAAGACUCUUCCUCCCGACAUCCUCGUCCUCACGCUCCUCUCCCCGCCUCUCCGCCGGCGAAGCGGAUUUCCGUGGAAGUAAAGAAAGAAAGGAAGUUUCCACUGGAUCCCAAUGCUCCAUUUGCUCCUCUUCCUCUUCACCUUCAUCCUCCUCCACCCAGAAAGGAGCCACCUGACCCCAACGCUCCUUUUGCUCCACUUCCAUUUCACCUUCACCCCCAGGCUCCUCCCCCGCAGCGCCAAUUACCCGAUGUGAAAAAAGAGAGCAGGAAGGAGUCAUCAGACUCUAAACCUCCACCACAGAAGAAGACAUCAGACCUUGUAAAAAAAGAAAGGAAAGAGUCAUCGGAUAUCAAAGUGCCUAUUAAACACUCAGAUGAGGCUAAGAGAGAAAGGAAAGAUUCAUUGGACUCAAGACCGCCCCUUCCCAAGAAGCCCAGUUUGGAUGUCAAAAAAGAAAAACACAGGAAGGACUCCUGCGACUCAAAGCCUGGCCCACCAGUGAAACAUCCGUCAACUGACUCCAAACCUGACAGGCGGAAAUCCAUCGAUUCAAAGAGAAGCAGCUCACCGCCAGCAAGGAAGCUACCAGCUGAAAGGAGAGAGUCUCACGGCUCUAAGACUCCUCAGCCUGGACCUCCACAGAGGAAGCCCUCUACCGACAGCAUUGAGAAGAGGGGCAAAGCCGAAACUCCUAAAACUCCCACCACCCCGACCAGCCCCAUGUCCCCCAGCUUCAGUUCCCCCGGGGGGCCACUGUCCCCUCGUUAUGCUACUGGGGACUCCAUCAGAGACAAGUGCAUUGAGUUGCUGGCAGCUGCCCUGCGCGCAGACAACGACUUCAAGGAUUUUGCAACCAACUGUGACAGCAUGGCUGCAGAGAUUGAAGAUCAUAUCUACCAGGAAUCAAAGGCCACUGAUAUGAAGUAUAAAAACAAAGUCCGCAGCCGUAUCAGCAACCUGAAGGACCCGAAGAACCCUGGGCUUCGCAGGAACGUCCUCGCAGGAAACAUUGACUUGGGUCGCAUCGCCAGCAUGUCGGCUGAGGAGAUGGCCAGCGAGGAGCUGAAACAGCUGAGGAACGUUCUCACCCAGGAAGCCAUCCGGGAGCACCAGAUGGCCAAAACUGGAGGCACCUCGUCCGACAUGUUCCAGUGCAGCAAGUGCAGGAAGAAGAACUGCACCUACAACCAGGUGCAGACACGCAGUGCUGAUGAGCCGAUGACCACAUUUGUCCUGUGUAAUGAGUGCGGUAACCGCUGGAAGUUCUGCUGAUACCUUCCAGAUGAACCGUGUUUUUUUUCUGAGAAUAUUGAACUUAAUUAUUUUCUAUUAUGGGUAGGGGGAGGAGAUUAUUGCAGCUAGUGAUUUUAACAGAUACAAGAACAAUUUUUACUUGACCUUUUUUAGGUUUUUAGGUAUGUGCUGAAAACUGGUUUUGCUUUAUGUUGAAUUGAGCAUGAAGGUCAGUUUGAUGACCGUCAACACAUCACAAAGAUCAUUGUGCUGUCAUGAUGCCAACACUAUCCAGUUAAUAUGCUACGUGAUAUCAUAGCGGUUGAAGUGCAUAAAUCAUAUGUAUGAUUGCUUGUUAAACUCACAUUUAAUAAAGAAAAUUCACAGUCUUAA